AUGUGGCUCAACAACAUCGCCCACUAUGGAGCUUACUUUUCUUUGUUUACUAACGUAGCAGCCAAGGCACCGGAAUUCGAGUGUAGCACUGGAGAAAGAAUCAUCCAACUACAACCUAUCAGGGUGGUGAAUGGUACAAGGACUUCUGAUGCUACAAUCACACGAACAUUCUACGUCCCUCCCAAUGCCUCUUACAUCACGACCGCCGUCUUUGGUGACGGACCACCCACUACAUACACCAUACCACCACAAGGCACACCUCCGGUCGGAACCGUCAUUGUGAAAGAACCUGUGACCACAAUCACUUCAUUCAUUCCCUCAUUAACGGCCGAGCGAACUCGAACUUUGAUUCCGACCAGCCCCGGAGAUCCAACAACUGUCAUUAUCGAGCGACCGGAAGACAGAAACACCGACCACGGAGGUUUACAUGAUCCUCAAACGAGAAUUGCGAACCCAGACGAAACAGCGGCCGAUCACACGCAAUUUGUCCAAGUUCCAAUUACAAGGACUGUGCAGAAAGACGAUACAAAAACUCUCAUUAUUGAUCAUACUGACGAACAGGGAACUGUCACUAUUAGACGACAAGAUUAUACCACCAUUACUCGCGUGAACAGUGUUGGCGUUCCAAUUACACGAACACUCCAGCCUGACCGUCCGGGAGAUGUGAGCACAGUUAUUGUCGAAGUACCCGAGUCCAAGGCACAGUACACAACAAUCGUCCGCAUAGGUAGUGUCACGGAAACUGUUACAUCCACACAGUCACCGAGUGACCCUGAUGGAACAGGAACCGUGAUUAUUAUGGUCCCUUCUGGUCCUGUCCAAUACGCUACAAUUACUCGGACCGGUACUGGAACGGCAACUGUCACAUCGACCCAACAGCCCACAGGUUCCGGGGAAGUCGGGAUUGUUUUCGUUGACGUGCCUCCGAGUACUCGACCAGUCCAGACCAUCAUACGUUAUGGCACAGGCACAGCACCCAUAACGUAUACGCUGCAACCAGAUGGCCCUAGCGGAACUGUCACAGUUGUGCGUGAACUCCCUUCUACUAGUGAACCAUACGCGACCAUCUCUCGUAUCGGGACUGUCACUGAGCCUGUAACAACCACACUAUCUCCUGCUCAUCCAGGCGAAACUGGCACAGUCGUGAUCAUUUUGCCUCCAGUCAACACUCGCCUUCGCCACACUACACACUGGGGUACCGUAACAGAACCAAGGACAACAACUUCGUUCCCAAAUGGACCAAAUGAGUCAGGAAUAGUAAUCGUCGAGCUUCCCAACCCUCUUACAACUGUGACUCGCGGAAGCGAUGUCCCAGCCCUCACGACUAUCACACCGGAUUCAGUUUCUCCAGGAGAGACGGGAACAGUUGUUGUUGUGACUCCAAUCAAGUACGUGACAACGACGAAGACUGCAACUGGUACAGGGUCAGAGACUAAAACGUUCACGCAAAAACCCUCUGAUCCGGAUGGAACGGGAACAGUUAUCGUGGAGCUUCCACCAAAUGCCACACCCUUCACAACAGUCACUAGCUUCUGGACAGGUUCCACCACUCGUACAGUCACUCAACCGCCUGCCAACCCUGGUCAGACAGGUACAAUUCGCGUGGAUGUCCCUAAAGAGUACACUACUAUCAGUACUUUCUGGACGGGGUCAACCACAAGAACCGUCACCCAAGACCCACCUAGCCCUGGUCAGACUGGUACCGCCCGUGUCGAUAUUCCUAGGAAUGGAGCGAAAUAUACGACUAUCACUGGGUACUGGACCGGCUCAACUACUCGCACAUCAACUGAGGGCCCGUCUCAACCUGGUCAAACCGGUACAGUCCGCAUUGACUAUCCUGAAACCCCGCAGUACGUGACAGUAUCCGGUUUCUGGACAGGAUCAACCACACGCACAGCCACCGACUCUCCUGCUGGACCAGGGCAGACUGGUACCGUUCAUGUUGACUUCCCUUCUGAUGAUGCGAAUUAUGUUGCCGUAAGUGAAUACUGGACUGGAUCUACCACCCGAACAGUCAUUGUGCCUCCAACUGGACCUGGAGAUACAGGCACAAUUCGUGUUGACUUUCCCACCGCCGGCAUCCGCUAUGUCGCUGUUAGUGAGGAGUGGACUGGAACAACAGUACGCACUGUUACCGUCCCUCCUUCACGCCCAGGUGAUACGGGUAUUGUUCGUAUUGAGGUGCCAGCUAUGCGUUUUGCCACUGUUACUCAAUAUGGGUCUGGGUCAGAUACUCAAACAUUUACUCAGACGCACACUGGUGCUGGUAUGACUGAUACGGUCGUCGUCGUCGUUCCUCUUAUCACGUCAUAUCGAACGGUUACGAAAACAGGUUCGGAUUCUACCACACGAACACUUACUCAGAGCCCCUCUGGUACUGGUAGAAUCGGGACUGUGGUUGUUGAGGUUCCGCCUGAGUUUAUCACGACCACUGUCACUGGCACGGGAAGUGCCACCAGGACGAUCACCCAGUCACCUGGCCAGCCCGGUGAAACUGGCACGGUUAUUAUCGAGCUGCCGCCUGGUGCUACACCUUACGUGACAACCACAGUGACUGGCACAGGGUCAGCCACUAUAACCCGAACCACUACACAAACUCCCUCUCGGCCAGGUGAGACUGGGACAGUUAUUGUUGAAGUACCUGCUGGGGCAGUUCCUUACCUAACAAUUACGGUGACCGGUACAGGAACCGCUACUACGACUCGAACCAUAACCCAGACCCCGAAUCAACCCGGUCAGACUGGAACUGUGAUCGUCGAGCUUCCUCCCAGUGCCACACCAUACGAAACGGUCACUAGCACUGGCACCGAGUCAUUCACUACGACUAUCACUUACACGCCCAAGGCUCCAGGUCAGACCGGGACUGUUGUUAUUCAAGUCCCAUCUUCAGCUGUUCCUUUUGUUACAACAACGACUUAUGGGUCAGUCUCAGCGGCUUAUACGACCACUAUAAACCCGACUCUUCCAGGUCAAACCGGCACAGUUGUUGUUUUCAGGCCUCAAUCAUGGAUGACAACCACCCGCUAUGGAAGUGUCUCAGCGGCUUCUACCACAACUCAGAGCCCUGGAAAGCCCGGGGAGACAGGCACCAUUAUCAUCGAUCUUCCUCAGCCUUAUACUACCAUCACUCGUUAUGGCAGUGUGUCCAUCUCUUCAGCAACAACCCAGACCCCUCAGAAUCCAGGAGAUCCAGGCACUGUUAUUAUUGAUCUCCCGCAGCCAUUCGUGACAACGACCCGUUAUGGAAGCAUUUCAUUUUCUUCCACGACCACGCAAAGCCCUCGCAAUCCGGGUGAGACUGCGACCGUCUUGGUUGAUCUCCCUCAGCCGUUUACCACAACAACUCGUUACGGAAGUGUUUCCGCCUCCACGAGAACCACCAACGGCCCUCAGAAGCCCGGGGAGACUGGCACUAUUAUUGUUGAUCUGCCUCAACCUUUCACUACCGUCACAAGUUUCGGUGCCGUUACAGUUCCAGCAACUCGAACUCUCAGUGGCUUUAGUCAAGGAGCUACUGGUACUGUUGUUGUGGACCUGCCUCAGCCGUUUACAACAAUCAUCAGGUAUGGGAGUGUGACUGCUCCAGCUACUCGAACGCAGACUCCUGCAUCUCCAGGGCAGACCGGCACAGUAUUCAUUGAUCUUCCUGACGCUUAUACUACCGUGACAAGCUACGGCAGUGUAACCAUUGCCACAACAAACAUCCUCACCCCAGCAAGCGCAGGACAGACUGGCACAAUUCUCAUCAAUCUCCCUAAUCCUUAUACAACAAUCACUAGCUAUGGCACUGGAACUGUGCCAGGGACUAGUAUUUACAUGCCGGCUACGCCAGGCCAGACCGGCACCGUUGUUAUCCACCUUCCCCAACCAUAUACAACUACUACGCGUUUCGGUAGUGUCUCCGUGCCAAUCACAUCAACCUUCACAGCUACUAGCCCUGGCCAGACAGGAACAGUCUUGAUCGAUCUACCCCAGCCUUUUACGACUAUUACUCGAUUCGGUAGCGUUUCUGUACCGGCAACUUCAACAUUGACGCCGACUAGUCCAGGUCAGACUGGAACUGUCCUAGUCAACUUGCCCCAGCCAUUCACCACGGUCACCAGAUUCGGCAGUGUAACGGCUAUGAGUACGACGACCAUGAUGCCCACCAGCGCCGGACAGACCGGCACUGUCUUUGUCGAUGUGCCGCAGCCGUUUACCACAAUCGUACGCUAUGGAAGUGUUUCCAUCAGCUCGGUCACUACCCGAUCACCAACUUCUCCUGGACAGACUGGCACUGUUUUCAUCGAUCUCCCCGACCCCUACGUUACCACCACACGAUAUGGAAGUGUGACUCUCAGUAGCAUUACUACCAAGACACCUAUGGCGCCUGGGCAAACUGGCACCAUUUUGGUUGAUCUACCCAAUCCAUACGUGACAACAACAAGAUACGGAAGCGUGACUGCCAGUAGCAUCACCACUAAUGCCCCGAUAUCACCUGGGCAGACCGGUACUGUUUUAGUUGACCUGCCCAACCCGUACGUGACCACAACACGGUAUGGGAGCGUUACAGUCAGUAGCAUAACCACCAAAGCGCCAACAUCGCCUGGGCAGACCGGUACUGUCCUCAUUGACCUACCAAAUCCAUAUGUGACCACAACCCGGUUUGGUAGUGUCUCCAUGAGUAGUGUCACUACACAGACGCCAGCAGCUGCCGGACAAACUGGCACCGUCAUCGUCGACUUACCCAACCCUUAUCUGACAACUACUCGAUUUGGUAGCAUCACGACUGGAAGCUCUACCACGACCCAGUCACCAGCUGUACCUGGACAGACCGGUACUGUUAUCGUUGACCUUCCAAACCCAUACGUUACCAGUACAAGAUACGGUAGUGUUUCUAUUAGCAGGGUUACUACCCAGACUCCAGCUUCACCAGGCCAGACUGGUACUGUUCUUGUCGAUCUACCGUUCUCGUACUUGACUACGACAAGGUUUGGAGUUGUCACCGACGGUAGUAGUACUACAACGAAGCAGCCAGCAGCAGGUGGGCAGACUGGGACUGUUGUUGUCGAUCUCCCUGAUCCAUAUGUGACUUCUAUCAGGUAUGGAAUCAUCUCUGCUGGUAGUAGUACCACCACAAUGGCACCAUCUGGCCCGGGACAAACCGGAACAGUCGUUAUAGACCUUCCUUACCCGUACCGAACUACUACACGAUAUGGUGUCAUCACAGAGGGUAGUAGCAUGACGAUCCAGACACCGACUUCGGGAGGUCAGACCGGAACAAUCCUGAUUGACCUACCUCAGCCUUAUGUGACAACCACCCGUUGGGGAGGUAUCACUGGCAGCAGCAGCACAACGACUCAGGUUCCAACUGUUCCAGGGGAGACGGGUACCAUUAUCAUCGAUCGUCCUGAUGCUUACACCACAACAACCAGGUACGGAAACGUUGCAGGUAGUAGCACCACCGUCACCAUCACGCCAGCGAGUCCUGGAGAGACUGGAACAGUUAUUGUUGACUUUCCCCAGCCUUUCACGACUAUAGCUCGAUAUGGACGAGUCACGGCCAGCAGUAUUACCACUGAAUCACCCGCUGAGCCAGGACAAACAGGCACGGUCAUCAUUGAUCUUCCACAGCCUUACACUACUACAACUAGAUUCGGCGUUGCCUCAGUCGCCGAGACAACUACUCAGAGCUUCCAGUCUGGCGAGACUGCGACCAUUCUCGUCGACCUGCCGCAGCCUUUUACCACUGUGUCCCGCUAUGGACUCGUCACAGCCAGUACCAUCACCACUGAAUCGCCGACAGUCCCUGGACAGACAGGCACAGUCAUCAUUGACCUCCCUCAGCCAUACACUACCACUACCAGGUUUGGUGUUGCUUCAGUUGCUGAGACAACUACCCAGAGUUUCCAGUCUGGUGAAACUGCAACAGUUCUCAUCGACUUGCCUCAGGCUUUGACGACCACAACGCGAUAUGGAAGUGUCACUAUCGCUCAAACAACUACAGAGAGCUUCGCUCCAGGUCAGACUGGGACUGUCAUCGUGGAUCUUCCUCAACCCUUCACAACGUUGACUCGUUACGGAAGCGUGACAGCCAGCGAGAUGUCCACGCAAUCUUUCAACCCCGGCGAGACAGCCACAGUGGUCGUCGACUUGCCUCGACCUUUCACGACUAUCACACAGUAUGGAAGCGUCACUCUUGGCCAGACAACUACAGGGACCUUUGGCCCAGGUGAUACUGCGACUGUCUUCGCCGACCUCCCUCAGCAAUUUACAACGACGACUCGUUACGGUAGCGUCACCGUCAGCGAAAUCACUACACAGUCUUUCAAUCCUGGUGAGACCGGGACGGUUAUUGUCGAUCUUCCUCAGCCUUUCAUAACCAUCACUCGCUAUGGAAGCGUGACUGUGAGCGAGAUGACCACGCUAUCCUUCAACCCUGGCGAGACUGGCACUGUCGUUGUAGAUCUUCCUCAAGAAUUCACUACGACGACCCGUUACGGAAGCGUCACUGUUAGUGAGAUAACGACACAGUCUUUCAAUCCCGGCGAGACUGGGACCGUCAUUAUGGAUCUACCUCAGCCCUUUAUAACAGUGACUCGUUAUGGCAGUGUCACGGCAAGCGAAAUAACCACUCAAUCAUUCGCGCCAGGCGAUACAGGAACCGUCAUUAUUGAUCUUCCCCAACCUUACACAACUGUGACCCGUUAUGGUCUAGUUGAUAGUGACCAUGAAACAACUACAACCGAAUUGCCCACAAUUCCAGGCCAGACAGGUACUGUUGUUGCCAAUCUUGCGCAACGAUACGUCACUACAACCCGGUACGGAGUGGUUGACCAGGACCACGAAACGACGCAAACACAAGGACCUACAGCUCAAGGCGAGAAUGGCACGGUUCUUGUUGACCUAGCCCAGCCUUACACAACAAUUACGAGAUACGGUUCGGUCGACUCUGAUCACGAAACAACCGUAACCGACCCAGUCACUGUCCCAGGACAAACAGGCACCGUCAUCGCCGAGCUCGCUCAACGGUAUAUAACUACCACCCGUUACGGGUUAGUUGAUCAGGCCCACGAAACCACGCAAACACAGGGGCCUGCUUCUCCAGGCGAUAACGGCACAAUCCUCGUUGACCUGGCCCAGCCUUACACGACGAUUACGAGAUACGGUUCAGUCGAUGUUGACCACGAAACCACGGUAACCGAGUCACUUUCUGGUCCUGGACAAACAGGCACGGUCAUCGUUGAUCUUGCCCAGCGAUAUGUAACUACAACUCGCUUUGGCUCUGUCGACUACGCCCAUGAGACGACACAAACCCAAGCUCCUGGUGCGUCCGGGGAGACUGGCACUGUCAUCGUCGACCUUGCGCAGCCAUAUGUAACUACAACCCGCUACGGUUCAGUUGAUCUCGCACAUGAGACAACCGAGACACAGGCCCCUAGUGCUCCUGGAGAGACUGGUACAGUUAUCGUGGACCUCGCCCAGCCAUACACAUCAAUUACUAGGUACGGUUUCGUCAGCUUUGGGGCUGAAACCACUCAGACACAGGCACCUUCUGCACCUGGGGAGACCGGCACAGUCAUUGUAGACCUUGCCCAACCAUACACGUCAACCACCCGGUAUGGCGUGGUUAGCUUUGGUGCUGAAACUACCCAGACACAGUCGCCCUCUGUGCCUGGUGAGACUGGUACUGUUAUCGUCGAUCUUGCCCAACCCUAUACGACGAUGACACGCUAUGGGUCAGUACCCAUAGGCGGUGAGACCACACAGACUGAACCGCCUAAUCAGCCUGGGGACACUGCGACUGUAGUGGUCGACCUUCCGCAACCGUACACAACGACUACUCGCUAUGGUGUAGUGCAAGCAGGUCAAGAGACCACUCAGACACAGUCCAUUGCUAGUUCAGGCGACACCGGAACGGUUAUUGUCGAUCUUGCUCAGCCUUAUUCGACUACAACUCGGUACGGCUUGGUCGAUUUUACUGGCGAGACAACUUCCACACAAACCCCCAGCAACCCAGGAGACACAGCUACAGUCUACGUUGAUCUUGCUCAACCUUACACGACAACAACCCGAUACGGGCUGGUUAGCGCAGGUAGUGAGACGACUCAGACACAGGCUCCUAGUAAUGCAGGAGAAACAGGUACAGUUGUUGUCGAUCUUGCCCAACCGUAUAUAACCACGACCCGUUACGGGUUAGUUGAUGCUACUGGUGAGACCACACAAACGCAAACUCCCAGCAACCCGGGAGAUACAGCUACAGUUGUUGUUGAUCUUGCCCAACAUUAUGUCACAACGACAAGAUAUGGACAAGUUAGCGCAGGUGGUGAGACGACUCAGACGGAAACUCCCAGUAACCAAGGAGAAACAGCUACUGUGAUCAUCGAUCUUGCUCAGCCCUACCUGACGACAACACGAUACGGGCUGGUCGGCGCAGGUGGCGAUACAACUCAGACCCAGGCUCCUACAGCUGCCGGAGAGACUGGCACAGUUCUUAUUGAUCGACCUCAGCCUUAUGACACAACAACUCGAUAUGGCAUGGUUGAUGUAGGUGGUGACACAACACAAACUCAGACACCUUCUGUACCCGGUGAGACUGGUACAGUCAUUAUCGACCGGCCUCAGCCUUAUGUCACAACAACCAGAUAUGGAAUGGUUGAUAUGGGCGGCGACACAACGCAAACCCAGACACCCGCCACUCCUGGAGAGACUGGCACGGUUUUGGUUGAUCGACCUCAGCCCUAUGUUACUGUGAUGCGUUAUGGAUCGGUCACGGCCAGCACAAUGACAACUGAGUCACCCAGUGUUGCUGGAGACACAGGAACUGUUAUCGUCGACCUACCCCAGUCUACCGUCACAGUCACUGAGUCCUACACAGGAACCGAUCCGAUCACUGAGCCAACUACUGUCUCGACAAUUCCCGCGUCUGGAUCAGUCCCCGGCACAGUCAUCGUGGCAACACCAUCACGACGACCAGUCACUGUCACAAGAUUCUACACUGGAACAGCAACUUUGACUGGACCUACGACGGUUACUACGAUCUCCGGAUCAGGGACCGACCGAGAUACAGUCAUCGUGGAGACGCCACCUGUCACCAGUACACGUUUCUAUACUGGCACUGAGACAUUGACUGGACCCAGGACAGUAACAACCGUUACACCUACAGGCACCGAGGCAGGAACAGUCAUCGUAGAGACACCACCAGUAACAAGCACACGUUUCUACACUGGCACUGAGACAUUGACUGGUCCAAGGACAGUAACAACUAUCACACCUACAGGUACUGAAGCCGGAACGGUGAUUGUAGAGACACCACCAGUUAGAAGCACCCGACGAUACACUGGUACAUCAUCUUUGACCGGCCCGAUCACGGCAACCACGAUCACACCAAGUGGAACUGAGGCCGGAACAGUCAUUAUUGAGACACCAGGUUCAACAGUCACAACUACACGUUUCUACACGGGUAAUGAAGCUGGAACAGUGAUUGUUGAGACACCGCCCGUGAGAAGCACCCGACGUUAUACUGGUACAGAAACCUUGACUGGCCCAAGGACUGUAACAACUAUUACGCCGACCGGAACCGAAGCUGGAACAGUGAUCAUCGAAACACAAGGUCCAACUGUCACAAGCACAAGAUCCUACACUGGUACAGGCGUCUUGGGAGGACCAACGACAGUCACUACAAUUUCGCCUACGGGUACCGAGGCUGCCACAGUUGUUGUCGAGACUCAACCACCUCAAUAUGUAACCAGCACCAGACCAUACACAGGUACAACCUCCCGAGCGAGCGCCAUGACAGUCUCAACAGUUUCGCCAUCAGGAACAGUUGCCGGCACAUACAUCGUCGAAACACCCACUCCUCCCCCAUCUUUCAGUUGUGACGAGGGAGGAUACUUGAUCCAAUUGACGACUCUGUAUAGACUGAACCUAGUCAGCGGUGUGAACAGCCAAGUUGCUACCAACAUUGGACCGGGAGGAAUCAUCAACCCCAUCACCUACAAUAUUAUUGAUGACUUGAUUUAUGGUAUUGUUCAGAUCGGUAACAAUACAAAUCCAAGGAGUCAAGUCAUUCGCAUUGGAAGCACUGGGUCUUCCACUCUGAUGGACACGAUUAUCGAUGGCAACUGGAACAGUGGAGAUACUGACGACGACGGUCAUUUCUGGAUCUCUCUGUACGGAAAAGCAUGGGCCAAGAUCGAUGUUGAUCCAAGACGUUCCACCUAUGGAACCAUCCUUGCAAGAGGAACCGCAACACCAGCAAACAAUAUCGCCGAUUGGGCAUUUGUUAAGGGCGGUGGUCGUUAUCUCUAUGGUCUUCAAUCAGCCAUGACCAGCAGUUCCAAGACGGCCCUUGGAAGGUUCAGUCUCGACACUCAACAGUGGGAAACUCUUCAAGAUCUUGGAAACAUUUCCGGUACCAAUACUUGGGGCGCCGUUUAUGCUGUUGGACCCAACCUCAUCUACGCAUCUGAGAAUACCUCGGGUGUUAUCUAUCGGUUCAACCUUUCGACGUAUGAGAAGUCUUUGGUCGUUCAAGGUCCCAAGACAUCCCAGAACGAUGGUGCUCGUUGUAUCAAUGCUUCGCCACCAGGAUCAGGGUCCUAG